AUGAAUCUGGCUACUCUGCCGGACACUACGGAUCCUCCGGGGGUUGAUCUAAAUCACGAGGAGAGUCCGAUCGAUGGGUUGAAGCAAGGUUUGAAGGCGGAUUUGGGAAAACAGGACCAGAGCUGGGUUAAGGCGGCGCAGGAUAAGAAGCAGCUGAGGAAGUAUGAGGUUGAAGUUUUACAGAAGGAAGGGAUUCACACAGUUCCACAUGUUGCUAAAGUUCAUAUGGUCCUUAACAAAAUAUGGAAAUAUGGGGAUCCUUCGACAAAAAUCGAGGUGUACGAAGUGAAUGCGACCACCAUGAGAUUCAAGGUUUCGAGUUUGAAAUCAAGGGAUAAGAUUCUGAGAAGGGGUAUGUGGAAUGUGGUGGGUGUGCCGAUGAUUGUUUCAAAAUGGUCUCCGAAGGCUGAGGAACAUGAACAAGAGGAGGAAGCAAUACCUAUGUGGGUGCAUUUGGAGAAGGUUCCGCUUCAUAUGUACACAUGGGAAGGCUUGAGUUUCAUUACUAGUGUUGUUGGACUUCCAGUCAAACCGCACCAGGACACCAUUGCUUGUACAAAACUGGAUGAGGCAAAGAUUUUUGUAAAAGUGGAUAUAUCCAAAGUGCUUCUUAAGGAGAUCACUUUUACAAAAAAUGGGAAAAGCUUUACAAUUAAGUUUUUCUAUCCAUGGCUACCUGCAAGAUGUAAAGCUUGUGACAAAUGGGGGCAUAAUGAGGGAGUCUGUAAAAGGAAGGAGAAGAGAAGCAGUAAUGUAAAUUCUCCAAUCCAGAAGGAAAAAGCUGGUGAAGAGGAGAAAGGGACUCCACAUAGUAUAGCGGUAGUAGUGGAAGAUAAGGAGGAAGGUUUGGGAAGCAGGGAUGCAAUCAGUAAUGUGAAGAGUAUUCAAGAAAGAAGAAGUGCUAUAUAUAUCGCUGGAGGUUUGGUUAAUGAAGAGUGUGUGGGUAAGCAAAAGGAGCAUGAUAUUGUUGUAAGCAGUGAUAUUAAGGGAUGGACAAAUGUAUCACCAGCAAAAGUUGGAAGAUCCAUUUCGAAUGUUGCGCAAGAAUCAGAUGUCGUAGUCUCGGCGUCAAAGUUUUCGGUUCUGAGUGUAGAAGAUAUUGAGGAAGGUGAGGUAUUAGGGGAAGAUAAUAAACAAGGUUCGAAGGUUGAAGUGCAGGAAGUUAAUGAAGAUAAAGAACUUUAUGAGGAUGAUGGUUCUGAAGACAAUGUAAUAGAGCAGCAAGUUCUUGCGGAGACAAAGGUGGGAAAGAGAAGAGGUCGGAAGCCAAAAACUCUGGAUGAAAAUCCAGGAAAGAGUUCUAGGCCGGGGUUUCAACAAAAUUUAAAGCAUUCCGUUGUAGAAGAAUGGGUCAAGGGAAACAAUAUGAGUUUUGGUAGUAUAUUGGAGACUAGAGUCAAGGAGAGUAAGGCGGAAAACAUUUUCAAAAAGGUGUUUAGAGGUUGGAAUGUGAUGACCAAUUAUGAGUAUAGUGAUGGUGGAAGAAUUUGGCUUGUUUGGAAGGAUGAUGUGAGAGUAACUCCUGGGAAGAAAGCUCAAGAUUUGAAGAUUUUUGGUACAAUUUCUUGUGGAAUGAGAGAUUUCCAAAGAAUGGCUUUGCGGUGUAAUCUCUCUGAUAUGGGCUAUCAAGGGCCGAAGUAUACUUGGUGCAAUAAGAGGGAGGAGGGUAUAAUCUGCAAAAAACUUGAUAGAGUUCUCUGGAAUGAUUCAGCAAUGCAGAUUCUUCAUGGAGCUUAUUCGGUUUUUGAGGCUGGGGGGUGCUCUGACCACCUUCGUUGUAAGAUUCAGUUCUUGCCUCCAGUUGAGAAAAUUAGAAGACCGUUCAAAUAUGUCAAUGCUUUGGGUAAAUUGGAAGCUUUUCUGCCUAUGGUAAAGGAGUAUUGGGAGGUUUCUCCUAGUCUUUUCCAUUCUACAUCUGCUAUGUUCCGGUUUGCGAAGAAACUCAAGAAUCUGAAGCCUAGCAUUCGUGAGUUAGGACAUGAGAAGUUGGGAAAUCUUUCUAGGAAAGCUAAGGAAGCGCAUGAGUUACUGUGUGAGAAGCAGAAGGUGACCUUAUUGGAUCCAAGUUCUAGUUCUAUUCAGGAGGAAGCAGUAGCUUAUGAAAGAUGGCUUCAUAUAGCUGGGCUUGAAGAAGAUCUUCUUAACCAGAGAGCAAAGCUACACUGGCUUGAGGUGGGAGAUAAUAAUAACAAGACGUUUCACAAUGCAAUAAAGACUAGGCAAGCUCAGAAUACUAUCAGAGAGAUAAGGUGUGGUAAUGGCAGUAAGGUUACGAAGCAUGAAGAUAUCAAAGUGGAAGCGGUUCAGUUCUUCUCUGAAUUCUUAAAUAGAUCUCCAGAGGAUUAUUGUGGUACUUCUACUGAUGAAUUGAAGGAUCUGCUCAGAUUUAGAUGUACUGAGGAUGAUUGCAGUGCUUUGGAGGCCGAUGUCACUGCAGAGGAGAUUCGUCCUGAUUUCGUAGUAGCAGUUCAAUCAGUCUUUAGGUAUGGGUUUCUUCCUAAAGGGAUAAACUCUACUAUCUUAGCUCUUGUCCCAAAGAAGAUGGAUUCACUUGAGAUGAGAGACUUCAGACCUAUAGCUUGUUGCAAUGUAUUAUACAAAGUGAUUUCUAAAAUCAUUGCCAACAGGCUUAGGCUGAUUCUACCGCGACUGGUUUCUGAGAAUCAAACUGCUUUCAUAAAGGGUAGGCUAUUGCUGGAGAAUGUGUUGCUGGCAUCAGAACUGGUAAAAGACUACCACAAAGAAGCAGUCUCAGCUAGAUGUGUGAUGAAAAUAAUCGAUAUAUCUAAGGCGUUUGACUCUGUACAGUGGGAGUUUGUCCUUCGGAGUUUGGAAGCUAUAGGAGCUCCUGCUAGAUUCAUCCAUUGGAUAAAGCUAUGCAUAUCAACUUCUUCCUUCUCUGUUCAAGUGAACGGUGAGCUUGCUGGAUAUUUUCAGAGUAAGAGAGGUUUAAGGCAGGGCUGCUCUCUCUCGCCAUACUUGUUUGUCUUGUGCAUGAAUGUGCUUUCUCAUAAGAUUGACAAGGCCGCUCAAGAUAGGAAAUUUAAUUUCCAUCCCUGCUGUAAGGCUCUCUCUCUCACUCACCUCUGCUUUGCGGAUGACCUCAUGAUAUUUGUAGAAGGUACAAAAGCCUCUGUUGAAGGAGUUUUAUCUGUGUUUGAAAGCUUCAAGAGUUGGUCUGGUCUGAGCAUUAGUAUUGAGAAGUCAACGGUUUACAUGGCUGGGGUUGAGGAUGAUGAGAAAGGCAGAAUCUUGAUGAAUUUUCCAUUUGCAGAGGGUAUUCUUCCCGUCAGAUACUUAGGUCUUCCUCUCAUGACUAAAUCUAUGAGGAGACAAGACUACAUGCCAUUGAUUGAAAAGGUCAGAGCGGUGUUUAGAUUGCCUAGUAAGUGUUUGAAGGAGAUUGAGAGUAUCUGUACUUCAUUUCUCUGGUCAGGUCCGCAGUUGAAAGCUGGAGGUGACUCACUUUGGGGCAAGUGGAGCAACAUCUAUCUUUUAAAAAAGAAAAGCUUCUCGGAAAUAAAUAGCAAUACUCAAUCUGGCUCUUGGAUGUGGAGAAAAAUGCUCAAAUUAAGAGAUGUUGCAAAACGGUUUUUCAAGAAGGAGAUUGGUAAUGGUAGACAUAUAUCCUUUUGGUAUGAUAACUGGUCUGAGUUGGGCAUUAUCUCUGAUCUGCUAGGUGAUAGAGGCAUGAUGGGCUUAGGGAUCAGGAAAAAUGCGACGUUGGAAGAAGCAGCUUGUGGUGUUCGGAGCAGAAGAACUCAUCGCAAUGAUGAUCUGAACAGGGUGGAGGAGGUAUUAGCAGAAGCGAAGCUUAAGCUUUGUUGUGAUAAAGAAGAUUUGAGCUUAUGGAGAAAACAAAUUGUCAACUUUAGACAGAAUAUCUUUAUGGAGUCGGGGCGUGGAUACUACGUGUGUUCUCUGUAA